CAGCUGGAGCUGGAGCAGGCCUCACUGGAUAAGCCUAUCGAAUCGGAUAAUAUCGGGCACAGGCUGCUUCAGAAACAUGGCUGGAAGAUGGGACAAGGACUGGGCAGAGCCAUGCAGGGUAAGGUUUGUAGGAUUCUUCUUUUUUUCCCCUGUGUGUGUGAGUUUUAUCAUGACUAGUCGUCUCUGCCAUUAAAUCCCUUUCAAUCCAUUACAUUCAUUCUGUUUAAAUUUAUGAAAUCAUGCCCCCUGCCCGGUCCGAUCAGUAGCAAGGUGGUGGGGGUUACAAUCGUUCCUUUUUGAAUGGUUUGCUGCAAGGGCUUGGCCCCAUUUCCCUCUCCCUGUUCUCAUUGGGGACCCUGUGUGGCAGUGCUUUGGGAGGGGUCAGAUACAUGCCCAUUUGUGUUCUUGGCCUGGGAUGCCCCUCACCCGCCCCAACACCCUGCCAGACUUCAAAUAAGCCAAUUGUCUUUUUCUACUGCGUCUCUAACUCUGAUCCUCCAAAGAGGAUGCCAUCUGUCCUCUCCCUUGUGAUUUAAAUUGAUGAUGUCGUGAUGAUGUCGUGAUGAUGUCAUAAUGAUGAAUGUUGCUAUAAAUGAGAUCAUCAAAAGCAAGUUUGCCGAGUUGAUAUGGAUGGUAUGGGGGCUCGUCUAAUUCAGGUGCAUUCCUUUAGGCCACAUGCCCUUUAAAGCUGUUUUAAUCCUGCCGGUUUCAACAUCUGUACUUUUGUUUUGCCUAGAAAUGCCCUUUUACCUAGAUGAUUCAAGACAGGAUAACUCCCUUAAUGUUUUGUAGUAUAUUAACAGCUAUACUAACAUGCUUGUUGGUGCUGUCAUAGCCUAAUAUACCAUGGAGGUAUCCCCUGCAUGUCUGGGUGGGGCCUUAUGGUUCCUCAUGAGGGCUAGGUGUGGGGACAGGGCCACAAGUAGGCCGGUAAGUUGCUUCUCCCUGUACUCCCAACAAACGCCCCUUAGCUUGCUUUGCUCUUGUGGUUGGUGGGAUGGAAUGCAUGCUGGUCCCCGCGAGGGAGGUCGAGUCCCGCUCUGCGCCGUCUGCGCUGCACGUUGCGCCGAAACGCCGCAUCACGGCAUGACUUGUGAUGCGGUGCGCCGUGGAAAUGCACUGCGGGAUGAUGACCUCCCGUAGCUCCUAGACUUCAUGUGAGGCUGUCAUGCACGGUUCUGAGCUUGACGGCAGACUGUGGGCCGAUUCCCAGAGCCUUCAUCUUCUCCAAGAAGGAUGGGGGGCAAGAAGGUGGGUCUGAUCAGGGGAAAGGGGGAGAAGAUCCACAAAUGGAGACCUCCACAUCUGCCCCGCUGAUCCUAAGCCACACGGAGCCUCACCUGCUCCUCCUGUUCUUCAGUGUUCCUACUUAACCAUCUGGUGUUUCUUUUUUGCAGUGUUAUGAUCCGGCCACGUUGUGGUGAUGGUAAACUUAGUGGCCGAACCGACCCCGUGCCGAUCAUCCUCAAGCAAGAUGUCAUGGGAAUGGGACGCAUGGAGAUGGAGCUGGACUAUGCUGACGACGCCACAGAGAAACGCAGGGUGCUCGAGAUCGAGAAGGAGGACACUGAGGAGCUCCGGCAGAAGUACAAGGACUUUGCUGAAAAGGAGAAGGCAAUCGCUAAAGCGCUGGAGGACCUGAGGGCCAAUUUCUACUGCGAGCUCUGCGACAAGCAGUACCAGAAGCACCAGGAGUUCGACAAUCACAUCAACUCCUACGACCACGCGCACAAGCAGAGGCUGAAGGAGCUGAAGCAGAGGGAGUUUGCUCGCAACGUGUCGUCACGUUCGCGCAAGGAUGAAAGGAAGCAGGAGAAGAUGCUGCGCCGGCUGCACGAGCUGGCAGAGCAGCGCAAGCAGCAAAACCAAACUCCUGGCAGUGGGCCAAUGUUUAAAGCCACUACUGUAGCUGUAGAUGGGGAAAACAGUGAGUCAGGGGUCCCUAAUCCUGAGUGCACAUCUGUUGCAGACAGUGUGCCAGAAGGGCUGUUAGGGGAAGACAAAGCGCUCUCCAGUUCUGGGCAGCUUACAAGUUCUGCGUCACCCAAGCAACCAUCGAUCAGCUUCACUCUGGGCAAGAAAAAUUCUCCCGUGACUCCGGCAGUGGUGCUACCGAAACUCAGCGUGUCCUUCUCCUUAGCCAAAAAGGCACCGGUGAAGCUUGAGACUGCUGCUGCUGUGUUUGCUGACCAGGGGGAAGAGGAGGCCCUCGAGGAGGAGGGACAGGAGGAGGCCUUGGCCUCCAACAGGGAAAGCCCAAGCAAUGGACCUCCUGAAGAACAACAGCAGCAGCAGGAGCAGCAGCAAUCUGAUGAGGGCGGAUCUUUAGCCUCCACCCUUUCCAAGUUGAAGACGAUGAUGAUGAAAAAAGAGGAGGGUUUAUCCGGGCUGGAGCCCCAGUAUUACCACUACGUGCCGCCAGCUCACUGUCGAGUCAAGCCCCACUUUCAGUUUCUGCUUUUCAUGAAGGCCUCAGACCAAACUGGGAUUCAAAAGCAAGAAGAGGCUGUUGAAACGAAGCUUGAGGACAAACAACCCAAAGCUACUGCUGGUAAGUCGGAGAAGCCAGACAAGUCUGAGACCCAGAAAGCCCCAGUGUCUGAGUCUCCAGCCAACCUGCCCAGUGUGAAGGUGGAGGCCCAAGGCAUGGAGGACUUCCCUGAAAGCACUGUACCCAAGGAAGUCCCUACUGACUGUCUCCAAGGAGCCGCUGAAUCCUCCCAAGGGCCCCGGCUCUCUACUGGUGCCUUCUUCUCUGUCCUAAGCAAGGAUGACAGCACCGUAUUGCAGUGGCCGUCAGAAUUGCGGGAAUUCACUCGCACACAGCCUUCGAUAUCCUAUAGCUGCAAUCCUCUCUACUUUGACUUCAAGCUGUCCCGCCACAAAGGGGCCCAGAGUGGGAAACAAGCUAAAACAAUGAAGUCCGGUGUGGAGGACAGUGAUGGAUCCAAAGCAGUGACUAGCAAAAUGGAGACAGCUGGGCCAAGUGCAGUCAAGAACGAUGAUACUUCCAUGAAAGAAGAACCAACUGAGGGCGAGAAGGAUGGGCAGUCGCAACCAAACAGUGCUGCUUCCAUGAAGAAGAAGAAGAAAAAAAAGAAACAUAAGAAACCUGGAAAGAGUUCUAAGCAAAAGGAAGAGGGGAAGGAAGUUAUUGGAGAGGAAGCAGAAACUUCAUGUCAAAAAGAAAAGAAGAAGAAACAUAAAUGUAAGAAGAGUAAGACCAAAAAGUCAGGUGAGGAAGAAGAGAAAGGCGGGAAGGAUAAGGAGUCUGCUGAGGUACUGGUAGCUGGGGCAGUAGAGGGUACCGGGGCUAGGAAGCGGAAACGCCCCAUCAAAGUAGAGGCACAGAGGCCUGGGUCGGGUGAGGGGGCAGUAGGGAAAGGUCCUGGGAAAACCACUUCCUCAGAUGAGCUCAAUGGUACCAAGAAGCAGAGAUCAGAUCCUGAUGCUACAUCCCCACAUGCUACCAGCAUGAUUAGCACGUCCUCCACCUCGGUGCUGAAGUUGCCGAGCAGCCGGGAAAGGCGUGACAGUCGGCACCUUAGCAGUGAGAGUGACGAGGAGAGGCGCUCCUCAUCCCCCCAGCGUUCUCGUCGCCACCGGUCCACCCCUCGACACCGCCGGCGCCACAGCGAGGAUUCUGGACGCUCCCGGAGCCGCUCCUCUCGCCGAGGGGGGCGCCACAGCCGGUCCUCAUCCAGCAGUUCGGAUCAAUCCUCGGAUGGCGGCAGCCGCUCUAGUCGCCGUACCUAUUCGGACAGCUACAGCGACUACAGCAAUGAGGGUAGGGGGCACUCUAAGCACUCCUCUGACUCUGAUUAUGAACGACGGGGCAGCAGUCGGCGCCGGUCCGACCGUCAUCGCUACUCCUCCUCCUCGUCGGCUGAUUCGAGCCGCUCACGGAGCCGCAGCCGUCGGCGCCGUCGAGCCCGGCACAGCAGCUCACGGAGCUCCAGCAGCAGUAGCAGCAGGCGCUCCUGGAGGAGAAGCAGUUACAGUCGGAGCCACAGCUCCGCCAGCCGCUCCCCUUCCAGCAGGGGCUCUUCACGCCGACGCCGGGACAGCUCUCCUCUUCGGCGGGAAUUCAACCGCUCCCGCAUCUACCGCUCACAGUCGCCUCGCCAUUCCCGUGCAUCAGGGCACAAGAAUCUCUCCCGGAACAGUAUUCGUGGCACCUCCUCAACGCAGAGAGUCAGUGCUGCUGGGGGGUCCAGAGGUGGUAGUGGGGCUAUUGCGCAGAGGAAUUCCCUAACAGCCCGGCAACUGCUGGAGAAUGUGCAGUCCCGCAAGGGCUUGGGUGAUUCCGCAGCUAGAGCAAAAGCAGGCCUCAAGCUGAAAAAUCCCCCACAGGGAUAUUUUGGACCCAAGCUCCCUCCAUCCCUGGGGAGUAAGACCAUGCUCCCAUUAUUUGGCAAGCUGCCAGCUGGCAAGAAGCCCCCACAACCCUCUAUGCAGCAAGCAGAGGAGGCAGAGAAGAAUGUUAGUAGUGAAAGUACAGAGGCCGGGGGAGACGUAGUCUUGGUGGAGCCUAUUAGAGAGUUUCCUCCACCACCUCCUGUCCCUGUGUCAGCACCACAGAAACCCGAGGAGACUGUAGAGAGUGCUCUAACUGAGGAGGUCCAACAUCCUAAUACAGAAGAACAGGCAUCCACUAGUAUUCCAUUGUUUGAGCAGAAUUCUGGGCUGUUAGUCCAGCCAUACCAGGGGGAACCUGUAGAGGAGGGAGCCACUUCCAUGCUCGAGCCACAACAUACACCCCAACAGCAGCAAGCCCUGUAUCCGAGAUACCCGCCUUCCUGCCUAGAGGAAGAUAUGGGUUUGGAGACUGAAGAUGGUGACUCGUUGGCUCCCUUGGAGAGCCAGCCCAUCACCUUCACUCCCGAGGAAAUGGAGAAGUACAGCAAGCUGCAGCAGGCAGCCCAACAGCACAUUCAGCAGCAACUGCUGGCCAAGCAGGUGAAGUCCUUCCCUCCUUCGGCCGUGGCCGUGGCUGCAGCAGCCCCUGCCGCUGCACUCCAGCCAAUUCACAUCCAGCAGCCUCCCGCUUCUGCCUCUUCUACCUCGAUAACCACGGUGCAACAUACACUCCUGCAGCACCAUGCUGCUGCUGCGGCUGCUGCCAUUGGCAUUCAUCCUCAUGCCCCCCACCCUCACCCACACCAGCUGGCUCAAGUACACCACAUCCCCCAGCAUCACCUCACGCCUAUCUCCUUGUCCCCACUUGGUCAUUCCCUGGGACACACACUGGGCCACUCUCUGGGCCAUGCCGGGCUCAUUCCCGCCCACCCCACUGCCUUUCUCUCGGGCCAACCCAUCCACAUUAUCCCGGCUUCAGCCUUGCACCACACCCCCUUGGCCCUUCAUCAUGUGCCCCAUGCUGCCCUCUACCCAACACUCCUCACUCCCCGCCCUGCCACAGCGGCCGCCGCUGCCGCCCUGCAACUCCAUCCCCUCCUGCAUCCCAUCUUCUCGGGACAAGACCUUCAGCACCCUCCAGGUCACGGGUCUUGAGAACUAUGAGGUUUUUCACAGAAAAGGCUUUUGGCCGUCAGCCCUGGGGGGAGAUGCAUCCCUAUGUCUCCCCUCAUUUGUUUGCUUUCACUUUGAUGUUUGGUCCAAAAAUUGAUCAGCCUGAAAAGGCAACUGAAGUGACCCAAAGCAGUCGGGUUCCCGAUCUGGUCCUUGAGACUGAACCGGUUGUGUGGAAACACUGCAGCCCAUUGCUGUUGAGUCAAGGAUUGAGCUCACCAGAACCCUUGGUCUCUCUUCCCAGAUGAAUAAGGAGUUGAAUGUGACAGAUGUCAGUGCAGUACUGUUUGUGUCACCCUGCAAAGAGCCAGAGGAUACUUUGUGGUCUUACAAGCUGCAAAAUUUGCCUAACUCUGUUUCUUAGAAUCACAGAGAGGCAGCAGUUGAAACCACCUAUGCGGUCUGUUAUGUAUUGUAUUGGGAAGGCAGUCCCCCUACCCAACAGCUGUCCCUGACUCAAACACCAUUAGCGCUAUCCUUUUUCAGUAAUGAAAUGGCACAUCUGGAAAGAUUUUAUUGUUCCAAAACGUCAUUGUUAUUCCACCCUUCUCCCUUAGUUUCCUUUUAUUCUGAAGCGAAGUGUUAUUGCGGUUCUGGAAAUGUAAAGGAGGAACUUAAAAAUCUGUCUGAGGAUAUUUUGUAUCAGGAACAUGAUCCACUCCUGGAAACUCAAAUUGGCAUGAAGAACUGAAAGUGCAAAGUACUGUGCUGUAGUCGUAUUGCAGUUACAAAUGAGGGAACCAUGGCCCAGAACAAAGUACUAACCAUGGUAGAGGGAAUAUAUGGUUUUGUUCAAAAAUGUAAAUUGGGUGUUGGGAACUGCAGUGAUAUCUGGGCAGUUAAUAACCAAGUUGAACUGACUUUCCUUAUGCCACUAAUCCUCUACUGUGAACAUGCACAAUGACACAGGAAAACAUUUGUGUCAGCAGCCACAUUAUAGUGAAUUGCACUGAAAUCUCCACAUUAACAUGCUGCUUUGAUAGCAUGUAACAAUAUGAUUGUAGUAAUUGCAUUUUUUAAAUGUUGUUUUUAAAUUAUUUCGAGAAUGACAUUUGAUUGAAAGAACGUGUGUAUGUGUGUGACUGGGACAUUAAUGACACCAUUAUGCUGUAACACGUAUUUUUUAUAAUGGUUCAGUGGUUAGAGAAGUUUAUCUGAUUCUGAUAAAUGCUGCCAGAUUUGGGGGGGAUCUUGUAAGCAAAAUACCAGGAUCACUAAUGAUGUGCUAAUUGGCUGGAUGAUGGUAAAACUUGAAAAAUUGCUUUGUGGUGGGGGGGUGACUGUCACCCUUCCCCAUCCACCCAGAUUCAGUCGUUAUCGACUGUGCUGAACCUAGAGAGUGAGUCACUGAUGGGUGAGCCCAUUUGCCAGUAGGACAGCCCACCAGAAAGAACCACGUGGGUUUAACUGAGAUGAACACAAUGGAAGCAACAUCACAAGGCUGUGUGUGUGUGUGUGUGUGUGUGUGUGUGUGUGUGUGUGUGUGUGUUAAUAAACCUGUUAAAAAUACUUGAGUAUUUUUAAUAAAAAUAUGUAUGGUAAUUCUG